AUGGUCAUCGUCCCGAUAAUGGUAGCCCCGGAGGCUGCACCUCUUCAAGCAGGGCCGAGUACGGAAGGGAUCACGACGCAGAUGGACAAUGUCUCGAUGGAUCCGGAGACGCCUCCGCGGCCAACCUCAGUCCGCAUCACGGUGCCUCUCGACGCGCAAUCCAGAACUCCCGUGGUCACGUCGACCAUCCACGCCCAGCGGAAGCUUCUUCGUCGCGACAGUAUGGAGCGUCGAGACGCACUUCUGAAGGGCAAAGAGGGAUCACGCCAGCGACGACGCUGGGAGAACGAUCGCUUGUUGUCCAAUCCAUGGGCUGAACCUCCCUUGCCGUCUGACUGGGAAGUCCGUCCCACGUAUCCGCGCCGUGCUGUGCCCUACUAUCUCGCCCCUCUCUGGGAUGCUGCCGAGUUCCAGCGAGCGGUCGAGGCGAAGUUGAAAGGCCGUAAAAAUAGUACAAGAUCUCGAGGGAAACGGGCUCACAACACAGGGGUAAGCCCGAUGGAGGAGGCAGCUUCCAGCAUCCCCAAAGAGGUGCGGGCCAGACUCAAGCGCGCCAAAGCUGCCAAGUGUCUGCUCCACGACCUCGAGGAGCCAGUGCGGGCAUUUGUGCAACAGUGGAAUGAGAGGGAGGCUCGGCUGCGGGAAGAAGGGUUGCACGAUGUCCCCCUGACCAGCGACAGUGAAGAAGACGAAGAGAUUGUCUUCAUCGGCAGAAACGGCGCCAUGCACGAUUCCCCUGGGCGAAAGCUGAGACAAAAGGAAGAGGGUUGGGAUGAGACGAUCAGCACCGAGAAAAUGGUCUUCGAGAGCCUGGACGACGAUAAGGGCGCCGCAUUCACCCGGUGGCUUGUCCAUUGCGUUGGGAGCUAUUACGGCCUGAGGACCUGGAGUGUUACCCGUGAUGUUGAAGGUCGGGGAAAGCGAAGAUUUGCCUAUGUUGGUGUGGACACCAGAGCUAGAGGGUUCAUGGGUCGCGACGUUGAGGUCGGUCGAGAAUUCGAGCUGCCUCGGCCUCUGUGGGGAAUGGUGUGA